AUGGCAUCAUCCUACUCUCGCAACUCUUACUACGACACCCUCGAGCAGCCCCGACGUCAACAGCGCACCCGCUCCAGCGAGGGCACCGUCAGCACCACUAUGAGCUCGUCGACGGGCCGCGAGUCGGCAGCGACUCACGUCACAGAGGCUCCCACCUACUCCAAGAAGAUUGUGGUUGUCGGCGAUGGUGGUUGCGGCAAGACUUGUCUUCUUAUCAGUUACAGCCAAGGAUAUUUCCCAGAGAAAUAUGUGCCGACCGUCUUUGAGAACUACAUCACCUACCCUAUUCAUCCGCCCACCGGUAAGACGGUGGAACUUGCAUUGUGGGAUACCGCAGGCCAAGAAGAAUAUGACCGUCUCCGACCGCUCUCAUACCCCGAGACCGACCUCAUCUUUGUAUGCUUUGCCAUUGACUGCCCCAACUCGAUAGACAAUGUGCUCGAUAAGUGGUACCCCGAGGUUCUGCACUUCUGCCCAUACACGCCGCUUGUUCUGGUCGGACUCAAGUCAGAUCUCCGCUACAAGAAGACAUGUAUCGACAUGCUCAAGACCCAAGGACUUACGCCAGUCACUACCGAGCAGGGUAUGGCUGUCGCCAAGAAGAUGGGUGCGCAGUACAUGGAGUGCAGCAGCAAGGAGAUGCGCGGAGUCGACGAGAUCUUUGAGCAGGCCAUUCUUACUGUCGUGGCCAAUGACCGGAAAACCCUUGAGGCUUCAGCAGUGGCUUCGAGCUCUGCCAAAGAGGGGAGGUCAUCACUUCCCGGGGCGGGACCCGUUAAGAGGAAGAAGAGAAAGUGUCAAUUCCUCUAA